CGCCUGCCGAGGCUCCUCCCGCGGUGGCGGCGGGCGGGCGACCCUCGGCCGGUCCUCAGCCGGCUCGGCCUGCGGCUCCGGCGGGUACCGGCCGGCGGGCGGGGCUCUGGGCCCGCGGUGGGGGCGCGUCCCCCACAGCCUGAGCCGCGGCGGCCGGGGCGCGGCCGCGGCGGGCCGUCUCCUAGACACCCUCCAGGGGGCAGGGAGCCCGUCUGCUGAGUUGAGGACGGUUUCUCCAGUGCCUGGCACCUGUCUCAGCAGGUGAAAUUGUCGCCGUCCCCAUCCAUCGCCUGGCACGUUUUUAAGGAGGAGGAAGCUGUCAGGUUCGCAGCAGAGGAUACAGAGUGUCCCAGUUCUGAGUUUGCCCGCAAGCCCCAUUCUUAGUACCCGUUUUCCUGGAAGUGACAGACUCAUUCAGUUGAUGUUUGAGAGACCAUCUGCGAAGUGCCUGACUUUGGGAAUAAGCCUGAUUGUGCAGGUAAUCCUGGAGGCCCAGGAGACCCUCAAACUGGCAGAAUGAAUGACUGGCUCAGGAUUUUUGAUCAAAACGUGCUGGUCCCUCCCCACCCACAGAGAGCACGCCAGCCUUUAAAGGAAUCAACAGCGUUUCAGUGUGUCCUGAGGUGGCUUGAUGGGCCACUGAUGAAGCAGGGAGUCCUGGAGGUGCUUUCAGAGGUGGGCUGCCAUCUGCGCAUGUCUCUCUUUGAUGUCACCUACCGGCACUUUUUCGGGAGGACAUGGAAGACCACGGUGAGGCCGGUGGAACAGCUGUCCAGGCAGCCGUCCAGGAUCGUCUUUGAAGAGCCCGUGUACUUUCACACGUCCUUAAACCACCCUAACGUGGUGGCCGUGGUCGAGGUGGUCACCGAAGGCCGGAAGCGGGACGGCUCCCUCCAGGCGCUGUCGUGUGGGUUUGGAAUUCUCCGGCUCUUCGGCAACAAGCUGGAGCCUGCGGCCUCUUCCUCCCAGGACAAGCGGCUGCGGCUGUACCAUGGCUCCCCCCGCGCCCUCCUGCACCCGCUGCUCCAGGACCCCGUGGAACAGAACAAGCACAUGACUCUCAUUGAGAGCUGCAGCCUCCAGUACGCGCUGAGGCCGCACCCGCUCCUGGAGCCUGUGUUCCAUCUUCUUCCCGAGAACCUUCUGGUGUCUGGUCUGCAGCACAUACCUGGCCUCCUUCCAGCUCACGGAGAAAAGGGGGACGCCCUCCGAAAGCCUCGCCUUCAGAAGUCCGUCACGUGGUACUUGGACGAUUUAUUCUUCACGCUGUACCCUUCUUUGGAGAAGUUUGAGGAAGAGCUUCUGGAGCUCCUUAUCAGUGAUCACUUCCGGGAGGGGGGCGUUCCGCUGGACGGCAGCGCGCUGGAGAUCUUGGAGCGCCGCCUGUGCGUGGGCGUGCACAACGGUCUGGGCUUCGUGCAGAGGCCGCAGGUGGUGGUGCUGGUGCCCGAGCUGGACGUGGCCUUGACGCGCUCUGCCAGUUUCAGCAGGAAAGUCAGCUCCUCCUCCAAGGCCAGCUCCGGAAACCAGGCUCUGGUUUUGAGAAGCCGCCUCCGACUUCCUGAGAUGGUCCGUCAUCCUGCGUUUGCCAUCGUCUUUCAGCUGGAGUACGUGUUCAACAGCCCUUCCGGAGCGGACGGCAAGGCGGCCGCCGUCCCCUCUCUGUCCGGCGUGGCAUGUAUGCACACAAUUCGCUGGGCUGUUUGGAACCCCGUGCUGGAAGCCGGCUCUGGGAAGGUGACCUUACCUCUGCAGGGUGGGAUCCGGCCCAACCCCUCGCACCGUCUGGUCUAUAAAGUGCCCCCGGCCAGCAGGAGCUCUGAAGAGGUGAAGCAGGUGGAGUCGGGGACCGUCCAGUUCCAGUACUCGCUGAGCCCCGAGGAACACCUGGACACCACCACGGGGCUCGUGCACAGCCCCGAGGCAGAGCGGCAGCCCUCCAGGAGACCACCCACAUCCCCCACAAGCCCGCCAGCACCGCCACCGCAGAGGCUCGCUGCCCUCCAGGACUCGCCUGUGGGACCAGGGUUGUCGCUCUCCCAGCUGGCGGCUCCCCCGCAGUCCCCCGCUCAGCGCCGCUCGGCCACACCCGCCUCACAGCCACCCGACAGCUCCGAGCCCCCGCUGGCCCGGGAGCAGGAGCCGCCCCUGGAGGGCAGGAUCUCUCACCUGGAGGCCCAGCUGUGCCAGGCGUCCUCAGUCCUGGGAGCCUCUGUCGCUGAGCAGCUGCGGGAACUGCCUUUCACGCCGGUGCACGCCCCGAUUGUCGUGGGAGCCCAGGCCAGGAGCUCUGGGAGUAGGCUGUCGCGAGCCUCGAUGGUGCUCCUGCAGGCUUCUGGCUUUCCCGAAAUUCUGGAUGCCAAUAAGCAACCAGCGGAGGCUGUCGAUCCUGCGGAUCCUGUGAAAUUCAAGCCGGAGAAGGAAGAAGUGGACCGUCUGCAAGGCAACGAGAUAGUGCUGCAGUUCCUGGCCUUCAGCAGAGCAUCCCAGGACUGCCAGGGAGCGCCGUGGCCAAAGACAGUGUAUUUCACCUUCCAGUUCUACCGCUUCCCGCCCGAGACAACGCCACGUCUGCAGCUGGUCGGGCUGGACGAGACAGGCCGGACGCGCUCCGGUUCCCUGUCGCAUCUCCUGGUUCUCGCUGACAAGGAUGGCUCCUCUGACGCUGGGUCUCCCGGCUUUCAGCUCAAGUACCUGGUGGAUCCUGGGUUCCUGAAGCCUGGAGAGCAGCGCUGGUUCACCCGCUACUUGGCCGCCCAGACCCUACAGAUUGACGUCUGGGACGGAGACUCCCUGCUCCUCGUGGGAUCUGCGGCCGUCCAGAUGAAGCAUCUCCUCCGCCAAGGCCGGCCGGCUGUGCAGGUCCUGCAUGAGCUCGAGGUUGUGGCGACUGAGUAUGAGCAGGACGUGGUGGUGAGUGGAGAUGUGACCCGGUUUGGCCGUGUCAAGCCCAUCGGUGUCUACACGGUGCUGAAGGGCUGGCUGCAUCUGACGCUGGCCAACGUGGGUCACAUGUGUGAGCAGAUGAAGAGAAAGUCGAGCUCGUUGCCACCUUCCAGGUCCCGGGUCAUCUCGAACGAUGGCGCCCUGCACUUCGUGGGAGGCAGUCUCCUCACGCGCGGGGGUCUGAGACUAAAAAAUGUGGUCCAAGCACAGAAGCUGGCUGACGUGGACCGUGAGCUGGCUGCCAUGCUGUUCACCCGCACACAGCCCGGGAGCAAGGGGCCCCCGGGUGCCAGCCGCGAGGGGGAUGCCGUCCGCAGGCGCAAGCUGGAGCGGAUGAGGUCCGUGCGCCUUCAGGAGUCCGGAGGAGAGCUCAGCUGCUGGGGGGCCAGCCUGUUGGCUCAGCAGAGCGUCCGCGCCCAGCACACACGCGACCUGCAGGUCAUCGCUGCCUAUCGGGAACGUAUGAAGGCUGAGAGCAUCUCCAGCGCGCUGAGCCUGGCCAUCACCACCACACACACCAUCCACGUCACACUGGGCACUGCCGAGUUCUUCGAGUUUGCCCUCAAGAACCCCCACAACAUGAAGCACACUGUGACCAUCGAGGUGGACAACCCCGAGCUCAGCAUCAUCCAGGACAGUCGGGAGUGGAGGUACUUUAAGGAUGCGGCUGAGCUGAACACACCGGUGGAAGAGGACAUGUUCCAUCUCCGAGGGAACCUUGCCCCGCAGAUCUUCCUACGUCCGUGGGAGACCGUCCACAUCCCCUUCCGAUAUCAGACCUUCUCUGUGGGGCCGCCGGCCUUGGUGCAGGCCUCUGCUGAGCUGAGAUCUGAGAAGGGCACGGAUGCCGGAUCGCCCCAGAGGUCCAGUGCGAUGCCCACUAAGCAUGCCAAGGUAAGGGGACGGGGCAGCGGCGGCAAGCCCCUCGCUGUGCUCUGCCUCACCGUGGAGACCCAGCCCCACGUGGUGGACCAGGUCUUCCGCUUCUACCACCCGGAGCUCACCUUCCUGAAGAAGGCCAUCCGCCUGCCUCCCUGGCACACACUUCCAGGUGCUCCUGUGGGAAGACCCGGUGAGGAACCCCCAGUCCAUGUCCGAUGUAGCGACCCCAAUGUCAUCUGUGAGACCCAGAAUGUGGGCCUCGGGGAGCCACGGGACGUGUUCCUGAAGGUGGCUAGUGGUCCAAGCCCAGAGAGCAAAGACUUCUUUGUCACUGUUUACGCGGACCGCUGGCUGGCGACGCCUGUCCAGGUGUGGCAGGUCCACCUCCACUCCUUACAGCGUGUGGACGUCUCCUGUGUCACAGGCCAGCGGACCCGCCUGUCCCUUGUCCUUCGGGGGACGCAGGCAGUUAGGAGAGUGCAGGCUUUCACCUCGCACCCCCAGGAGCUGAAGACGGACCCCAGGGGUGUGUUCGCGCUGCCGCCGCACGCGGUACAGGACCUGCACGUCGCUGUGAGGCCCCGGAGGGCUGGGAGCCGCUUCAUCCACCUUAACCUGGUCGACGUGGACUACCACCAGCUGGUGGCCUCGUGGCUCGUGUGCCUCUCUUGCCGCCCACCUCUCAUUUCCAAGGCUUUCGAGAUCACGCUGGCCGCGGGGGAUGGCAAAGGCGCCAACAAGCGCAUCACCUACACCAACCCCUACCCCUCCGCGAGGACCUUCCACCUGCACAGCGACCGCCCGGACCUGCUGCAGUUCAGGGAGGACUCCUUCCAGGUCGGGGGCGGCGAGACCUACACCAUUGGCCUGCGGUUCGCUCCCCGUGAGAGCACCGGGGAGGAGGAGAUCCUGAUUUACAUCAACGACCACGAGGACAAGAACGAAGAGGCCUUUUGCGUGAAGGUCACCUACCAGUAGGGGAGCUGCUGGCCCUGCUCCCCCGCCCGCCGCUGCGCAGCGACAGACCCUGCGACCUGCGCAGGCUGCUGGCGAGGGCGGAGGGACCACCGAGCUCCGGACCGGCUUGCAGGCCCGAGUCCAGGAAGCCUCUGCUGGAGCCAGCCGUGCGCCCAGGCCCCCGGCGUCCUGGGGUGGGGGCUCGGCGCCCAGAAGCACGCGGCCCUGCUCUCCGCUGCAGUUGGGCAGGUGUCACUGCCUGUGACGUGCCGAUUUGCUUUAUAGUGACAUGUGUUUUAUGAAUCAUCUUAGGUGAUAAAAUUAUGUUUUCUUACUGGGUUUUGUACACACAUUAUUUGCUAUGCAAUGUUUAUAUUGAUAAUCUUUCAUACCUUUUCUUAAGUUGUGUAUGAAAUACUAAACUUCCACUUGUUU